AUGAAGGAAGCUGUCAUUGACAAAGCAGUUACGGUCGCAAUUCACGAAGUGGACACCCCCGUCGUGCAGCCCGGCCAAGUGUUGAUCAAGGUUGUGGUCUCUGGUACGAACCCUAAAGAUUGGAAAGUGCCAACAUGGCAGCCCGAUGCACCGGCUACCAACCAGGGGGACGAUAUUGCGGGCUACGUGGAGGCAGUGGGGGAGGGAGUGCCGAACUUUCAUAAGGGUGAUCGAGUGGCCGCCUUCCAUCAGAUGUUGACUCCUGGGGGCAGCUGGGCGGAGUAUGCCAUUGCCUGGGCGCAUACAACCUUUCAUCUGCCUGAAGGAACUACCUUUGAAGAGGCCGCCACGAUCCCUCUCGCUGCCACAACAUCCGCUGUCGGGCUUUUCCAACGACUGGGGCUGCCUCUUCCGUGGAGUCCGGCCACGCAGCCGCUGCCUCUGGUCGUCAAUGGCGGUUCUUCAGCGGUCGGAGCUUUCGCCAUCAAGCUGGCUCGUCUCUCCAACAUCCACCCUAUCAUCGCGGUGGCUGGCAAGGGUGCCUCGUAUGUCGAGACCCUGAUUGACCGCUCCAAGGGCGAUACGAUCAUCGACUACCGUGACGGGCACGAGGCAGUCCGUAAAAUUAUCAAAACGGCUGCUGGUGGCCGGCCAGUCCAUUAUGCCUUCGAUGCGGUCUCUGAAAAGGGGUCUUACCAGAAUCUCGGCGCUGUGCUGACUGCACCGGCAAAGAUCACCGUAGUCUUGCCAGGAUGUGAUUCCCAGGGCCUCCCAGACGGAAUUCAUCUGUCGACAACGAACUGCGGGUCAGUUCACCAGCCUUCAGUUCAAGGAAAACUGGUCGGAGACGUGGAGUUUGGUGCGGCUAUAUUUGCCCUAUUUAGCAGGGGUUUGGUCCAGGGUUGGUUCACAGGCCACCCUCACGAGGUGCGCCCCAACGGACUGGCUGGACUGGAGGGGGCUGUGAAGGACUUGCAGGCUGGCAAGGCUUCAGCGGUGAAGUAUGUCGUGCGCAUCGCCGAUACCCCAGAUCUGUAGAACAGGUAAUCAUUCGAUUUCGGCGGACGCCGUUGA